AUGGGCGUGUGCGCGCCAGCGGUGCACUUCGAACCAGUACCCCGGUGUGCGUGUGUGUCGUGUGGCACACCACCACCCAUCGUUUCUCUCGGUGGACAAGGGUGGACGAGUACACCUAGAAAAGUGAACACCAAAGGGCGUCGUGUGCCAUCAGCAUGAGAAUGGCUUCGCCGUACCUGACAUAUCGCUAGUUCGAGAAACAUGCGUCAGUCCCCGCUCUCGGCUCCAAGAACAUUAAAGAACACAACUUCUUGGCCUUUCAAACUGGUCACGCUUUACUAUCCCUCUCGCUGAGUUCAUCUACUACUGUGGCCUAGUUCUGCUAUUCCACGCUGUCCAGCGGGACUUGUCCUUGCACGUGACGUCCCCGAGAAAGUGACCACUCCAGGGAAACCUCCCAAUCUGAUACCCCGAAAUACAGGAACAAGAAAGCGUCUGGAAAAUUCAACGGUUUCAAUAAACAGUAGCCGGUCGCCCCGGUGGUCUAGUAGGUAGCCUCGGAACCUUCUAGAGGUCAGGUCAGGGGUUCGAAUCCCGGCGUAAGCGAGCUUUUCUUGCAAAGUGAGUUUUUCUCUCGCUUCCGCACUUGGCUUAGUGGAUAGCGCUAGUUCGUGUGUACACAGAGGGAAGAGAGUGCUGAACUCAUCUCGCAUUAAAAAUCGAAGGCAAAGUACCGCAGGAGGGGACGGUAGAGAGGGGCUCUUCUGUGUGACCACGGGUUGGUGUAAACGGCACUAGUGCUGUGAGCGCUGAUUUGAAGUGAAGACAAAAAA